UAAUGAAUUCUGCACGCAUGCGUAGUACACUUCUGCAUAGCUGUACGUGUUCAGUACAGCCGAAUCUGUUCGAAUCGGUAAACUUAGAGAUUGGACAUGGUUCGAAUAAACGUGCUCAACGACGCUCUCGUCUCAAUCCACAACGCACAGAAGCGUGGCAAGCGACAAGUAUUGAUUAGACCGUGUUCUAAAGUUAUCAUCAAGUUUCUGACAGUCAUGAUGAAACACGGUUAUAUCGAGGAGUUUGAGAUGGUGGACGACCAUCGAGGCGGCAAAGUGGUCGUGAAUUUGAACGGAAGAAUCAACAAGUGUGGCGUCAUCAGUCCCCGGUUCGACGUAGCUGUGAAGGACAUCGAGAAAUGGGUGACGAAUCUACUGCCUUCUCGUCAGUUCGGGUACUUGGUACUGACGACAUCGGCUGGUAUAAUGGAUCACGAAGAAGCAAGAAGAAAGCACACAGGUGGGAAGAUACUCGGUUUCUUUUACUAAGACUAUUGAAGAGGUAGUAGCAGUAAAUAUACGAUACCGGGUAUUGUGACCAUCACGUGAGUUGCGGUCA